AUGGACGCGCCUGGCGCGACUGAGGCAUCACUAUCUCGGGUCGAACCGGGGCAGGGAUCACCUACGAGACCAUCGACCCAUCACAGACGCCCGCACCGGCAACUUCACACUGAAACCGGGGAUGACGAUGAGGAGGAACAGGAGGAUCCGAACCGGGAGAGAGAAGAGAGUAUGACAGAAACGAUGUCGUAUUAUGGAGAAGAGGAAGAAGAUGACGAGGAAGAAGAAGAGCCGCAUUUGAAGUGUUCUCAUUUGACCAAACAGUUGGGAAGUGCCUAUCGGAAUGGAGAUGCAACGAGCACUUUUUUGGCCGCUGGGGACAAGAUGGUGCUUGGCACACAUAACGGAAAUAUCCAUGUCUUUUCCGUACCUCUAUUUCGCUCUCUUCGUGUUUACCAUGCGCAUUCUGCUACUGUCACAUCAAUAUCGAUUUCACCUUUUCCCCCACCGGCACCGAACUUGAAACAUGAACUGGCUACUCGAUUCGCUGAAAACCAGAGCGCGUCCACGAAACCAUUUUCCAGCUCUGGAAGCAUCCGGGGCCAAUCCAAGCCGACUUCUCUCCCUACAACUCCGUCCAACUCAAUCUAUAUAGCAAGCUCAUCGAUAGAUGGCAAUGUAUGCGUCGCGUCGUUACUGGACACGAAAGAUGUUCUUCUACGAAACUUUGGUCGACCGGUCCAGGCCGUUGCGCUGUCACCGGAGUACAAAAGUGAUCGGACAUUCAUAUCCGGAGGCCGUGCCGGCGAACUGAUUCUCACAACCGGGGGUAAAGUUGGCGUGAGCACAAACUCCACAACCUUGGGCGGCGCAGCUGCCACCGCCUCGAGUUGGCUGGGUACUUUUGGACUUGGGGGCAACACCGGCAAGGACACGGUUUUGCACAGCGGUGAAGGCGCUAUCAGCACGGUGAAAUGGUCGUUGUCUGGCAAAUAUGUUGCCUGGGUCAAUGAAGAAGGCAUAAAAAUAAUGCGGUCAAAUCUGCAUCUUGACUCAGUGGAUUCGGAGCUUGCAUGGAAAAGGGUCAGUCACACAGACCGCCCUAACCGUCAGGGAUGGGAGGAAAUGGCUAGUGUCUGGAAGGCUCGCGCCGAAUGGGUUGACGAAUCUCUCCUAGAGAGCGAACAUUUGACGAGCAAUAAUACAGGAGGCGAAGCCUCAACGCCAACGCAGUCGACAAUAAUCAAAGAAAGGCAGGAGAAAUUGGUGGUUGGUUGGGGAGGCACUGUCUGGGUAAUUAAUGUCUACCCUGAUCGGCCUAACAAGAGCAACCGGGACCUUAGGAUUGGCUCUGUGGAAGUUGCUACUAUAUUACGCACAGACUGCAUUAUAUCCGGCAUAUCACUAUAUUCGCCCAGCCACUUGGUCGUGCUUGCCUAUAUAGAAGCAGAAAAUGAACCGGCAGACGAGCAAAUUACCCGUCGUCGUCCUCGUGGACAAGAGCCUGAGCUUCGUAUCAUCGACAUUGAAAGCAAAGAGGAAGUCAGUGCUGAUACCUUGGCGAUCAGUCGGUACGAGAAUCUGACAGCUUCGGACUACCAUAUGUCCGUUCUGCCGCCCUGGAAAACGAACAUGCCAGUAUCUCAACGCGGUGCGUUGGAAGCCCUUGGUACCGGCCUUUGGGAUGCUACGAUGUAUCCCGCACGACUAUUUAGUUCAGCCGCCAGCAUUCGCAGUUCAACAAGUAGCGGAGACAGGAGCUCUAACAGAGCGCCCAGCACGUUUGCCUCACGGCGUUCGGUCCCCGAGGAACCUUUAGCCAUAGAAGUGCAGGAGGUUGCCGAAAGCUCCGGCCCCAAGAUUUUUGUGCACAGCCCGUAUGACUGUGUGGCAGCACUGAAAAGAGAUCUUGCAGACCAUCUCGCGUGGCUCAUUGAACAUGAGAAGUAUGCUGAAGCCUGGAAGCUUCUUGAUGAGCAUCCUGAAGCGGCGGGGUCCAGUGAAGGUAGCGAUAAUGUCUCAAUAACGCCCGGGAGAUCCCAGACUAGUCUUGGUGAUCUAUUCGUUGACGAUAGAUCUUCCAUCACAGCAACAGACCGUGGAAAUGUCCCUGCCGCUGUACAAGAAAAGCGACGCAUUGGUGAGAUGUGGAUAGAGCAACUUAUCAGAGAUAAUCGGUGGCAGGAAGCCGCUAGAGUUUGCGUGCAAGCAUUGAGUGCCACUUCUAGGUGGGAACAUUGGGCCUGGACUUUCAUCAAGGAAAACAAGUUUGACGAGAUUACGUCCGUCAUCCCUGUUGACCUACGUCCAUCUUUGUCCUCAGAGAUCUACGGGGCCAUCCUUGAACAUUAUCUUACUCGAGAUCGCCAAAAAUUCAGCGAGCUUUUUGAAACUUGGCCUUUCGAGCUAUUUGAUAUUGACAGCAUAACGACUUCGAUUGAGGAACAACUUGAAUCCGAGAAGAUGACCCCGGACUUAGAAGACGGUCGAAUACUGAUAAGGUGUCUGGCCAGAUUAUAUCUGACUGGCGGCCACUAUACCGAUGCGUUGCAUUGCUAUAUCCGGAUACAGGAUGCGGACGCAGCCAUGGCUUUGGUCAAAGACCAUCAUCUUCUUGACUCCCUUUCUGAUGAUAUACCUGCUUUCAUCAUGAUUCGGGUGUCAAAGGAGCAGUUAAAAUCGGCGCCGAUUUCAGAACUUGCAGAAAUCACAGCUGAACCUAUCAAGCUUCUUGCCAGUGAAGCGCACACCGGCAUUGUUCCUCCGGACACUGUCGUCAGGCAGCUGCAGACUGCUAACAAACCCUUAUUCCUCUUCUUCUAUCUGCGAGCACUCUGGCGAGGAGAAUCGCUAUCGCUUGAAGCCGAGAAGCCCCGUCGUGGGCGGCACCGUCAGGCCGCAACUAAACUAGCCGCUGAUGAAGGCAAGAACCUUGUGGAUCAAUUCGCUGAUACAGCAGCGGAACUCUUUGCUCAGUAUGAACGCCCAUUACUCAUGGAGUUUUUGCAAACCAGCACCUCGUAUUCAUUCGACGUAGCGGUGACAAUUUGCGAGCAAUACCGCUUCACACCAGAACUCAUCUACCUGCUAUCCAAGAUGGGGCAAACAAAGCGCGCUUUAAAUUUGAUCCUCUCCGACUUGAAAGAUGUGUCACAGGCUAUUGCGUUUGCGAAGUCUCAAGAUGACCCAGAUCUCUGGGAGGACCUUGUUGACUACUCCAUGGACAAGCCCCGUUUUAUACAUGGCCUACUUGUUGAAGCAGGGACGUCCAUUGAUCCUAUUAAGCUUGUCCGACGUAUCCCCAGUGGAUUGGAAAUAGAGGGCCUCAGGGAGGGUCUCACUGGCUUGCUAAGGGAACACGACCUCCAGGCGAGCAUUAGCCAAGGCGCGGCCAAGGUUCUACAAAGCGAAGUAGCAGUCGGGAUGAAUACCUUGCGUGAUGGCCAGCGUCGUGGAAUUAAGUUCAACAUUAUCCAAGAAUCUUCCAAAUCCGACCAGGUGAACGAUGAGGCAAAGGCUGAGACUGAUUCUGAGAAGACUCCAACGCCAUCGCGAGGUUCAUUUACGCAGCAAGCCGGAAGAUGCGCGGGUUGUCAUCGACCUUUCCACGCGAACGAGAAAGAGAUACUCGUCGCUUUUGCUUGCGGCCAUGCCUUCCACCUGUCCCAUGUCCACCAAUCCGAGCCUUCGUCGCCAGCACAUACUCCCGGGCUUGAAUCAGGCGUCCAGACCCCCCGGCCGUACCCACCACGUACCCCGAACCUCGAGGAGCCUUCAACAACGUCGCGGACCGUUGGUCCAAAGGUUACAACAGCCCGACUUCUACGGGACAGGAUUGGUGACGGAUGCCGGAUAUGUGCCCUGGCUAAAGAGUUGGAGGCAGUCGGAGACUCAGAGGCGUAA